GAACCCCAUAUUCUGCAUUUAUUGUGGAACACAUCUUCUCUCUCAUGGUCAUCAUCCAUUUGGAUUCUUGAUCUUGUACUUCAUUCAUCGUCAUCACCAAUGUGCUAUAUAUAUAGGUUGUUCAUUUAUCUAAGUUCACACAAAGAAGUUUCAGUUAACGUCUUGAUUUAGUCAUUGACAUCAACAUAGUCAUGGAAGAAGUUAACGUGGUUCAAACCAAGAAUGGAACUGUCUCAGUAGCUUCUGCGUUUGCUGGCCAUCAGGAAGCUAUACAGCAAAGAGACCACAAAUUUUUAAGAAUUGCUGUUGAAGAAGCGUAUAAAGGGGUAGAAAAUGCAGAUGGGGGUCCCUUUGGUGCUAUUAUAGUUUGUAAUGAUGAAAUAGUUGCUAGUUGUCACAACAUGGUUCUCAAGAACACAGACCCAACUGCUCAUGCAGAAGUCACUGCAAUAAGAAAGGCUUGUGAAAAGCUAAACCAGAUAGAACUUUCAGACUGUGAAAUAUAUGCUUCUUGUGAACCUUGUCCAAUGUGCUUUGGAGCAAUCCACCUUUCACGGGUUAAGAGGUUGGUUUAUGGAGCGAAGGCAGAGGCAGCAAUUUCUAUAGGGUUUGAUGACUUCAUUUCGGAUGCAUUGCGAGGUACUGGAUUCUAUCAGAAAGCACAAUUGGAGAUUAAAAAGGCUGAUGGAAAAGAAGCUAACAUUGCUGAAGAAGUUUUUGAGAAAACAAAGGAAAAAUUUCGAAUGUAUUGAAUUGAAUCUCUAUGUUUCCUAAGCCAUUAGGUAUUUGCACAAGAUGAAAUUUAGCUUCAUAUAAAUAAGCUUGUUGCUCUCAUGUGCAUCCAAAAUCCUGAUGAAUAUCAACUAAUAACUGUACUGGGAAAUCAAAAUGAAAGUAUACUUUGUAAUAUAUCAUGCAGUUGUCUUGUUAAAUCCUUGUCACUGUUGUAAAUAUUAGUAUGGUGUAAAUAAUUAUAUUUGUAAUAUAAGUACACAGUUAUUAGAAGU